AUGUCUCUGACUUUAAAGCUCUCUUCUCUUGUGAUUCGCACUCUGUCAAAGCCGAUUGCAAAUCAAAUCAAAGCCCAGGCUCGCGAACAUGAGCGCUUCCGACGAAUCUGUGUCUCCAUAGCGCAAGGCCUGCAUCGAAUCGACAUGCGUCUCCGCUUAGGAAACCUACGGGAUAAUGCUGCGGCUCAAAAGCGUGCAGCCGCCGAAGCCGAAGUCCGAAAACACAAACCCACAGCGCCGACGGUAAAGACGGCAGCAGAAGCCAAAGCCGAAGAGGAGGCCAUAGCUAAAGCAAAGGCUGCGGCUUCAGAGGCAGCGAAACCGGCUCCCACUCCUCAUAUUCGACCGCUGUCAGAAUCUAAAGCCAUAGAAUCGGGCGCGACUUUCAUCAGCGAGACCUUCUUAUUUCUCGUUGCGGGUGGACUGAUCGUGUUUGAAUCAUGGAGAUCAAGGAGAAAGGAAACAACGCGGAGAGAAGAUGUUGAGGCCAGGUUAGUCGAACUGGAGCAGUCUGAGAAGGCCGCCCGGAAGGCCCUGGUCGCCUUGGAAAAGGAAGUCAUACAUCUCAAGACCAAGGCUGGGGAGCCAGUCAAAUCGUCGGUUAGAAUACUUCCGCGUGAAGUGUGGGAAGUUGAAGAGGAAGAAGAGGCUGAAGAGCUGGCGGAGCUGGACUGGUGGUCGCGGAUCACUUCGUUCUUCACUUUUGGACAGACCACUGAACAGAAACCGGGCGAGGUACCCAAGCCCGUCGUACAGUCGAACCCAAGCUCGCCCUCAAAUUCAGCAGUCCCUAUUCAAUUCGACAAAUCACCAGCGAAAUCGGUGGCUCAUGAGACGCCCUCGGUAAAGAAUCAUUGA